AUGACCGAAAACAUAGAAUCCGUGUCGCAUCCAAAACGAGCAAAUUACAUCGACGAACUUUUGGACAGCGCAAAUAAUCGAUGGGAAUGCGAUGAACAAACAGCCGGACGAAUAGAAUUCUGGCUUAAAGAAAUAUUUAAUACAGUGAAUUUACAAGCACAAUCUCUUGGCCAUUUCUGUGAGUAUGGAGUUGGUGAUAUUUAUAUGGCAGAUAGCUAUUAUGCAGUGAAGUGGGAAACAAACAUGCACAAACGGCAUUGGAAAAAUAGAGAUGGUGACUGUUACUAUGGAACUGAAAUAGAUGAUAAAAAGCCUUUUUCGUGGUAUGAAAACUCCGCCGCACAAAAGAUGUUGAUGGCAUUAAUAAAUAUGCUUUUGUUAUGA